GCGGUUUGCUCCUCUGAACUUGACACCAGUGGGAAGAGCGGCGCUGUUUGAAGAUGUUCGUGGAGGUGGGUCGAGGCGGGGGGACAAAGUUUUGGUAAAAAGGGGGUUGAACCGAGGACGCGUGUGGUUUCUCGUGGAAAGUGGCCUCUGUGUGUGAAGAAGCUGAGUCUUCAACAGAACCAGCAGCCUCUCUCUGGACUUUAAACCCAAGCAGCGCGUGUCCGUCCGGUUCUAACCUGUCCCACAUCUUCACCCGACCAUGAGGACAAACGUGUGGAUUUACCAAACUUUGCUGUGUGUCCUUGUGGCUGCCGUGGACACAGGUUGCUGUCAAAAACCUCGUCGUCACUUCUUACAGAAGUACGAAAAGACUGAAAGCCACAUACUGGUUUGCAUGGACUGCCCUCUGACGCCGCUGAUACAAAAGAGCCGCUCGCAGGAACACUGCGCCCGAAAGUGCUCGAAGCUGAAAAAGAAAUUCAGCUGCAGGGCUUUCAACUUUCAAAGGCACAACAGGAAAUGCCACUUGCUUCCUUUUGACCGGUUCACCCACGGUGUGCAGAAGCAGGCCAACAUCAACUUCACUUUGUACGAAAAAAAAGAUUAUAUAAGGGAGUGCAUCUCUGACACCAAGGACAACUACAGAGGGAGGAGAUCUUGGACAAAAUCAAACAUCACUUGCCAAGCCUGGUCUGAAAAUAACAUCAACGAGCACACGUUUUAUCCAGACAGGUAUCCAACGCAAGACCUGAGGGAAAACUUCUGUCGGAAUCCCAACAACGACCCCGGUGGUCCGUGGUGCUACACCACAGACCCCAACGUGCGAGCCGAAGACUGUGGCGUACCGCUGUGUUCGCAGGAGGUCUGUAUGACAUGCAACGGAGAGGAUUAUCGAGGCAAAGUGGAUCGUACAGAAAGCGGCAAGGAGUGUCAGAGAUGGGACUCGCAAAAGCCUCACAAGCACAACUUCCAGCCUAAAAUGCAUCGGGAUAAAGACUUAAAGGACAACUAUUGCCGUAACCCAGAUAAUCGUCUACGACCCUGGUGCUUCACCAUGGACCCGCAAACUCCGUGGGAGUACUGUAACAUCGCUGUGUGCAACUCAGACACCAGCGAGGACUCUGAUGUCAACACAACAACGUCCUGCAUCCAAGGAGAGGGUGCUAAUUACAGAGGAACAAUGAAUGUGACUCCGGAGGGUGUGACGUGUCAGCACUGGGACUCCCAGUUCCCCCAUAACCACUCUUUUCUUCCUGAGAAGUUCAAAUGCAACUUUUGUGUGUGUUCUAGAGACCUCCAGAAGAAUUACUGCCGCAACCCAGAUGGUACAGAUUACCCAUGGUGCUUCACGACAGACCCCAAUAUGAGGAUAGCCAAGUGCACACACAUCCCCAAAUGUGAUGCAGAGGACUCACAAGAAAUGGAAUGUUAUGAAGACAAUGGAGAGUUGUACCGGGGCUCGUUAUCCAUAACUCGGUCAGGGAUUCCCUGUGCAAACUGGUCACAUCACAUAAACAGUGAGGAUUCUCACUCUACAGUGUCCCAUGUAGGGCUGGAGAUGAACUACUGCCGGAACCCAGAUCGAGACAAACAUGGCCCUUGGUGUUACACAAGUCCAAAUAACCGCUUGGUCUGGGACUACUGCAAACUGAAGCAAUGUGAAUCAGCAACAGCUACUCCCCAACCAAACAGUCUAGCCAGGCCCAAGAUAUCAUGCUUCGUUCAUAUAAACACCAGAAUAGUUGGAGGGCAUCGGGUACGAGGUUCCGAUGGCAGCUGGGUUGUAAGCAUCCAAAGAGAAAACGUUCAUUUGUGUGGUGGCUCUCUGAUUAGAGAGGAUUGGGUUUUGACAGAUCAGCAGUGCUUUACAUCCUGCGUUCCAGAUCURAAGGACUACAGCGUGCAGGUCGGUCUACGUCAUCUUAAUGAGUCUUCGAAGCGUCCAAGAUUGCGGAUCUCUCGCCUAAUCUGUGGCCCAGAGGGAUCCAACCUAGUUAUGUUGAAACUAGAAGACCCCGCCCCCGUGUCGGAGGGUGCCUCUACAAUUCAUCUUCCAGUAAAAGAAUGUCACAUCGCCGAAGGCACCAACUGCACCAUGUAUGGAUGGGGGGAAACUAAAAACACGGGCCAUGAUGAAGCACUGAACACUGUCACCAUGCCGAUGGUCAACAAUGACAUGUGCUCACAAAUGAAAGGGGAUGCAGGGGACAGCAGAAUAUGUGCUGGUGGGAGGAUAGGGGAAGGUGUGUGCGACAGAGACUAUGGUGGUCCGUUGGUCUGCCAGGAGCACGAGCGCAAAGUUAUCAUUGGUGUGAGCAUCCAAAGGACAAAAUGUGCCGCGUCGCAGCCCGCCUUGUUUGUUAAUGUUGCGUUUUAUUCAGAGUGGAUUUACAAAGUGUUUAAACUUUAUCCUACUUUGGAGACGAACUGAUGGUUUGGGCAGCAAAAAGUCUUAAAAAGAACAAAUGCACAACAUGCCAAAGAAGAGGUAACCAAGACCUUUUCCAGUUGGGAACUAAUCUAAGUGGGAAAUCCCUUUUGGGAGAAUGGAGACUGGAGGACGUACCAAAUGGAAUCUUACCUCUUUAGGAAUGAGAUCUGUCUAGACUGCAUCAACCAAAGUCUUGGGCACAUGGAUGGUGAACUACAGUGGUUUGACACGUUCAGAACUUCUGAAGCCAUUUAAAUGAAGAUGAUGGAGACGUUUGUGAAUCAGUGUUAUCUCCUGGAAUGUACUUGAAUCCAGUUCCAAAGAGACUACCAGUAUUGCCUUUGAACUGGGAUUUAUUUUCAUUUGUUUAGCUGGUCUACAAAUUGUAUUUUUACCUUUAAUUAGAUAUGGAGAGAGAGGAAGAACUGUUAUCUGCUCUAAUGUUAAAAAAUAUCCACAAAAUAUAACCCUGAAUGGGUCAUUAUAACAUUUCUCUCCCGAUGAGAAAAUCAAUUUGGAAAGCCACACCUGUCAGACUUUAUGGUAAAUAUCUGGCGUCCAAUUCAUCAAAUAAUUGUAAAACACCUCAGUAGAAGAUCAACAAACCUGGCUGUUCUAAUUAUGAGCUGUAACUAUUAGUUUGCCUGAGAAAAAGUCUAAGCAGGACUGAGCGAUCUGCUCCAAAUCUGCUAAUACUUGUAGCAUGAGAGAGAAGAACCAAAAAUAACAUGGCUWUUCUGUCUCUAUUUGGAUGGAACUGUGGCCCCUGGUGGGCUAUGUGUCGUCAGUAAAAUAUUUGAUACGUUUUUUUUUUUUUAUUUGGUUGUUACAUGAAAGGUGACUAGAUGUAAAAACUUGCAGCUCUGUUAAUUUUCUGCUGCAGUGUGAGAGUUUAUAGGUCUUAUAGAUCUGGAAUAUUGUUCCUAAAGUUAGAUACACUCCUUUGUACUUCUGAUUAUGUGGAAUAUUUAAAAUAAUAUUUGUAGCUUGUAGUAAUUCCUAUUUAUUGUUUGAACUUUGCAGAAGAAAUCGGUCAAAAAAUGAAUUCACAAGUC